GUUAAUUUUUUGACAAAUUCUGAACAUUUGACCGUGGAAAUGUUAGCGCGACCUCCUGCUAAUGAAGGUUCUUUGUACGAGGAGUUUGCAGCCUCCAAGGAGCUAGUGUUGGACGUGUAUAGUCCUACGGAUGGAGAAUAUCUCUCUUCUGUGUGCGCAAAAAACUUUAGCGUACGUAACAUAGAGACAAUAUCAUUAAAGCUGAAGGAAUCAGUUCAGUACGUGAGCAAUCUGAGUGACCGCACGCGGUUCGCGGUCAGCACCGCCGCCUCCUGGCAGAAGAUGAAGUCAUUACCGCCGCAGUACUGGACCUGUGUCAGUAAUCUAGAUAAAGAGGAUACGACAGGAAAGGGUGGACUUAUUACCUGCGUCGAUGAUUAUUCCAUCUGGUUGACGUUUGAUAAUUUUAAAGUUAAAGAACCAGAAUGUUAAUAGAAGUGU